GGGCUGGAAAAAAACGUAGACGACUUAUAGUACUGGCUGCUACGAUCUCAGCUCUCUACACAACUCCAAAUUCUAGCCUAUAUAUAACAUGUACUCUAUAGAGAAAAAUAAUAAUAUAUAAGAUAACUGAUUAAAGGUCUAAAUUCUCAUGGCUGCUUCUUCUGUUACAGCUUAUAAUAAAGCCUUUAUGGCUUUCGUAGUUAUGCUACUUGGGUCACUCUUCAUUUCAGGUGCACAAGCAGUGGGAGUGUGUUACGGGCGAAACGGCGCCGGAUUACCAUCCGACGCAGAAGUCGUCCAACUAUACAAAGCCAACGGCAUUGGAAGGAUGCGGAUCUACGACCCGAACCCGGCAACCCUCCAGGCUCUUCGGGGCUCCAACAUAGAGCUCAUACUCGACAUCUUCAAGAACGACCUCCAAGGCCUCGCAAACGACGCAGCCGCCGCCGGCUGGGUCCAGAAAAACAUCAGAGCCUACUGGCCGGACGUCAAGUUCCGGUACAUCUCCGUCGGAAACGAAGUAAAACCCGGCGAACCGGCUGCCCAGUUUGUCCUACCCGCCAUGAAAAGCAUCCAAAACGCCAUCUCCGCGGCCAACUUGCAAAACCAAAUCAAAGUCUCCACCGCCAUAGACACCUCACUACUGGCCAAGUCGUACCCUCCGUACGAGGGUGAAUUCAGCCCAGAAGCUAAGCAGCACAUGACCCCCAUAGUCCAAUUCCUAGCCCGAAACGGGGCCCCGCUUCUGGCGAACGUGUACCCUUACUUCGCCCAUGUUCUUAACAAGGCACAAGUGAGCCUUGAAUAUGCUUUGUUCACUUCGAAUGGAGUUGUGACCCCAGACGGGACUCGGUACCAGAACCUGUUCGUCGCUCUGAUGGAUUCUGUGUACUCGGCUGUAGAUAAAGCGGGUGCACCCGGUUUGAAGAUUGUGGUGUCGGAGAGUGGUUGGCCGUCCGCGGGUGGUGAUCCGGCGGCUACGCCUGGUAACGCCGGCACUUAUUAUAAGAAUCUGAUUAGUCAUGUGAACGGUGGGAAUGGGACCCCUAAGAGGCCUCAGGGACCUAUUGAGACUUAUCUAUUUGCCAUGUUUGAUGAGAAUCAAAAGCCUGGUGACGAAGUGGAGAAGCAUUUUGGUCUUUUCUCACCGAACAAACAGCCCAAGUACCAACUCAGUUUUUAAAACACUAUUUACUUGGUAUAAUAAUACUAUAAUUAUAAAGUUAUGAUGAAAACAACUCAAGCAAUAAGUAUACCAAGUUGGAUUGGUUUAGAUAUAUAUACUUGGUGAGUGCCUUGUAUGCAUGGCUAUAUAUGUAAGAAUAAUGCCAAAUAUGAUUUAUCUCUAAUAGUAUAAUGAUUCAGUGAUAAAAUAAGAGAAUUCCUAGGGCACCACCAUUAUUAGGUGUCAUAUUGUUAUUUGUUUAA